GUGUUUUGUUGUGUGAAGAGCAGAAAGUGUUCGGGACAGAAGUGAACAUGAGAGUUAACCCAGGAGAAAGCGUCACUCUCUACUCUGACUGCGCUGUACUGUUUGGAUCUCACAUUGUUUGGAUAAGAAACUGCUCGCAUGAGAAUCAGCCAUCUCUAGUGAUAGAUCCCUCAAAUAUGUUUUUAGAGACACUUCCUCGUUUCAGUUUAGUGGUCAACAGCUCCAGUAACUCUUAUGAUCUACAUAUAAAGAAUGUCAGUGUCUCUGAUGAAGGAUUGUAUUAUUGUGCCAUUAAUGAAAGAAACGUAAAGACAAAUUCUGAGUACCAGAAUGGAAACAUGACAACGCGUCUAUCUGUCUUCGAGUCAGUGACUUCACACACAGAUAACAUCAACAUCACCUCCAGAUUUCCUGCAUCAGACUGUGGGCUCUGCUUUAUUCUGCUGUUCAGUGUGUGUUCGGUGUGUGUUCUCCUCUUCUCCGUCUGUCUCUACUGCCUCUGUCACAAGAAAACUACAGUUUCUGCAUCAACACAGACUGAGAAUGGAUAUUAUGAGAGUGAAGCAAAAGUGUGUUACGCCUCCCUGAACACACCUUCAAUGCUGAAGAAAAAGGAUGUGCAGCGAUCAGACUUCAGUAUUUACACAGAGGUCCAAACCAACAGAAAAUAGUCAAAGCUAGUUCUGCUGCAAUCUUUGAAGACACAGUGCUUCAUAUGCUGAUAUUUAUAAUCUUUUGUUUUCUGUUAUAAAAAUAAUAUGGUAAGAUACCUUAAUCAUCAAGUUCACUUGAAAAGGAUAGGCUUUUACAGCAUGUAAAAAUCAAAAAAUGUUUUGACCUUUUUUUAUCAGGUACCAUCAUAUUAUUUGAACAGUCACUUUGUUUAAAUAAUCAAGACUGAGAGCGUUUUAUUGGUAAUGUGUCAGCUUUUCUAUUGACAAAUUGUGAAGUUUUUUUAUUUACAAAUACUUCUAACAAAGCAACAACAGAUUUUUGUACUGGACGAGUUAGACCAUUCAUAUUAUUACAAAACGAAAAGAUUACUGAAGCAAAAACCACUAGUCUAUAAAACUCAGAGAGUAUUACAUGCAUUAAACAGCUAUAAGGUCAAAUAAUCUAAAGAAACCACUUACACGAUUAAAGCAAACAGUGCUAUAUUCCUUUUAUUUUGUUAUAUUUCACUCAAAAAUUAAAUUUGUCAUCAGCAACUUACACUUGAGCUUAUACCAAACCUGAAUUUCCUUCUUCUGUUGAAAAAAAAGAUGAUAUUUUGAUGAUUUAAAGUAGCAUUACAAUGUAUGGUAGCCACUGAAUUCCAUAGUAUUUUGCCCUCUAUAGAAGGCAAUGGCAACUGUCUGACAACCAACAUUAUUCAAAAAAUUAUCAUCUUUUGUUGUUAAACAUUAGAACAAUUUAAAGUGUUAGUAAUUGAUGACACUAUUUAAAUUUUUGAGUGAACUGUCCUUUUAAGUGUAAGUAUAAAUGUAGCGAUUGUCAAUCUUUAUUUAUUAGCAAUGUAGCUCUAUGUAAUUUAUCUUCAGAAAGAGUAUAAUGUUGAGAAUAUAGCCUACUUCUGAUUUUGUACAUGAAAUAUGUUAUCAUUAUUAUUUUAAUAAAGAUAUUUAUAUAGAUGGAAA